CACCAGGCACCUCCAGCUCAAUGCCCACCGAGUCAUCGACCUCAGACCGAACAUAGAUGGAGCAUCUGAGAUGGGGUCCCCAGAUGGAAAGGCUCAUGUGUUGGGGUUUUGUGUGUACGAGUGCAGGCAGAGGGAUUGCUUGGUCAUGGUUGCAGCCAAUGAGAGGAAUGUUACUGCUUGGGAAGAUUAUUCUUGUGGUGGCUUGCUUUCCUCUUCAUCUGGGACAUUACAAAGUCCACUUUACCCCAGAAAUUAUCCAAACAAUGCCAACUGUGUUUGGGAAAUAGAAGUCAACAGCAACUUCCGUGUCACACUCACAUUUAGAGAUGUUCAGAUGGAAGGUGGCAGAUGCCUGUCUGACUAUAUAGAAGUUUAUGAUGGGCCACUCCGUACCUCUCCUCUCCUUGGGAAAUUUUGUUCCGGUUCUUUUCGCACAUACACGUCUUCCUCAAACCUGCUGACUGUACAGUUUUACAGUAACUCUCGAUACACGUACAGAGGGUUUCAAGCUGACUAUUAUUCCACUCCAGCAGAUCAGAGCACUACACUGGUGUGUUUGCCAGACUACAUGCGUGCAGUUGUGAGCAGAUACUACCUUCAGUCACAAGGUUACUCAGCUUGGAAUCUCUCCUUGAAUGACCCCUCUUGCAAACCCAACAUUACAUCAGACUCCGUUAUAUUCGACAUACCAUACACUCGCUGUGGCACUGUGAGAGAGGGAAACAACAAUACAAUAAUCUAUUCCAACAUUAUUAGAGGAUCCUCUUCUGGUACUGUAAUCACAAGAAAUAAAAAUCUCCACUUGCAUAUCAACUGCAAAAUGCUCCAGAACACAUGGGCACAAACAAUGUAUAUUGCGGAGGACAAUUUUGAUGUCAAUGAAACGCAGUAUGGCAGAUAUGAUGUAAACCUCACGUUUUAUCAUUCUUCAUCCUUCUCAUGGCCAGUGACUGACUCACCAUAUUACGUUGAUAUCAAUCAGAAUUUGUUCCUUGAAGCUUACCUGCACAGCUCUGAUUCAAACCUGGUCUUGUUUUUGGACACAUGUGUGGCGUCUCCCACUCCCCACAAUUUUACGACAGUAACUUACGACUUGAUCAGGAGUGGGUGUGUUCGAGAUCCUACCUACGCUACAUAUUACUCACCCUACAGACACGUGCUCCGGUUUAAAUUCAACGCCUUCCAGUUUAUUCGUUACAACCCAUUGGUUUACCUACAGUGUGAACUAGUGGUGUGCAGGGCCUAUGACUAUUCUUCCAGAUGCUACCAAGGCUGUAUUACUAGGUCCAAGAGAGAGGCCAGCUCUGGCCAAGAAAGUGUGACCAUUGUUGCUGGUCCAAUACAGCUUCGGGAAGAUGAACCACAGGUGUUUCUCUGCCCGUACGUGUGCUUGAAACACAAAUAUGAUGAGAUAUAUCAGACUGGAAUUCAGUACCACAGCUACAAGUACCAUGACACAAAGUACCACCAUGACAAUGUCUACAG